GAGCGGUGACCUUUCGGAAUCGCCAUGUUCUUCCAGAAGGUGAGGCGAUGGCAAUAUUGUCGGGAAAUGGCAUGAGGAAUCGCUCGUGAUUGAUCAGCAUCAGUGAAUGAUGCAGACGUGUGAUGGCUUGCUGGAUGUGCUGUCAUUUUUCAUGGUGGAGAUGCUGGCUAGAUGUAUGAAAAGCUGUGGGGUUUGGUAUUUGGUGCCGACCUCCACUGGUGUUGCACGAUGUCUAGAGAGUGGAGGUUGUCCAGAAGCCCUCCGUGCUUUGAUAUGGGAUCGCUGCAGCAUAGGAGAGGAUGUGUUUUGUUUUGUGGUGUUGCUUGUUCUGGCUUGCUCACAAGGUGUGUCGUUCGACAGCCUUUCUUUAUAGUGCCUGCCAGCUCGUCGAUGGUGCGCUUUCUCUGAAUGCCAUCAAACACAUCAAGAAGCCUAUCGUAUCUGCAAGCUGAUACUGUGUGUACAGCUUAUGGGCGUGGAGGCCUUCUUGGCCCACCACCAUGCUGGUGAUGUCGGUCCCCCCCCUGCCUGGGGAGGCAUUGCUGACGACGGUCCCGAUGCCCCUUGCGCCGUUGCAGGCAUGUUCGGAUGCGCUCCGAUGAACUCCACCUACGAUUACUGGAAGAACCCCCCCUGUUGUGUUCCACUAAAUUACGACACACUGUGUG